GUUUAAUAGAGUGAGGACUUGAAUCGAAAUUAAAAUGAAGUUUAUCAAUUUGUACUCGACGGGAAUAAAACUUUUCAAUUGCCGGUGAUGAGUUGAUAAUAAAUCAAGCAACAUGAUGAAUCCAUUUGUUCAAAUACUCAUGUACUUUUCUUAUAUAAGCAUUUGUGUCAUUGCGAUUUCAGGAAAUGCGAUCGUGUGUUUCAUUGUAUUGGCUCAUAGACGAAUGCAAUCAGUGACUAAUUAUUUUAUCGUUAAUCUUGCCAUAAGUGAUAUACUAAUGGCCUCAUUGUGUAUACCGUUUGCUUUUGUUUCCAACUUGUUACUACAAUAUUGGCCGUUCGGUGCUUUCAUGUGUGUUCUUGUUUCAUACUCACAAGCAGCCUCGGUGUUUAUUUCAGCUUAUACACUGAUCGCCAUCUCAAUUGACCGUUACUUUGCGAUACUUUACCCAUUAAGACCCAAAAUGACUCGACAUCAAGCCAAAUUGAUUAUAUUUUCUAUCUGGAUUGUGGCCUUGAUUACACCUUUACCCACAGCGAUUGUAUCGAAACUUGUUAUUCCUCCCGUUUGGACUGAGAACAAUAUUACCGAUCGUUAUACCUGUACGGAAGAUUGGGCUAGUACCAAAUAUCGAAGUGUUUACAGUUUAGCUUUGAUGAUUUUACAAUACUUUUUUCCAUUCGUUGUCCUUUUGUACACAUAUACACGAAUUGCCAUCGUUGUUUGGGGUAAAACCACCCCAGGGGAAGCGGAAGAUGCUCGUGAUAAAAGGUUAGCUGCAUCUAAACGAAAAAUGAUUAAAAUGAUGAUAACAUGUGUGACAGCGUUCACAUUAUGUUGGCUACCAUUUAAUACUUUCAUUGUUGUUGGUGACAAUUAUCCGGAUAUAUUUUCAUAUCCUCAUAUCAUUUAUGUUUGGUUUGCCUGCCACUGGUUAGCCAUGUCACAUGCUUGCUGUAAUCCGAUAAUCUAUUGUUGGAUGAAUACCCGUUUCCGUGAAGGAUUUAAAUACAUAUUCCGUUUCCUACCUUUUAUCAAGAAUACCUGUAAGCCUGAUUUCAUGUUAUCAUCAACAUCGGCACUUUCAUCAAAAGGAGCAACUCUCAAAUGUUAUCUUGGAUCAAGGAUAAAGAGUAAUGGUAAUUUGACAAAAUCUCAUCAUCAGAAUGCUACAUCAGUUGAAGAGAUUCCUCUUGAAAUUCAACGAUAGAAAUACAAGAAGAAGAAGAAGAAGAGCAAAAAAUCAGUCCAUUCUAUAUACAUAUGAAAAUUACAUUUUCCAUGAAAAACAUGAUAACAGUUGAAACUUUUGAUUACCAACUUUUUUUUCACAUUCUAAGUAUAUAUAAAUAACAUUCAUUUCUUUUGUUGGAAAUCAAGCAAAAUGUUAAAUCUACUGUUGAACAGAGUGUAACAAUUAAAUUGUCCAAACUGAUUCUGCCAACUGGAUAAACACAGUUCUAAAUUUUAUACAUAUACAUGUAUAUAUAUCUUCCAAGAAAAUUGUGAUCACCAUGAGAAAAGAAGAUGAAGAAAACAUGAUGGAUAGGAUGGCAAAAAUACUAAGGUUUACCAGCAGAAUUCAGGGGAUUCCAUGUUGCGUUGAUUUCAUGGAUCAACAAUAAGCAGUUAAUGGUUGGGAUAUAUUUACAAUUUUGGGUGGAAGGAAAAAAAAAGAAAACCUCUGAAAAUCAUCAUGAUGAUUCUUGAUUAUUGAUUCUGUAAAAUCAACAACUCAUUGUCAAUGGGAAAAGCAAAGUGUAAACUCCUUAUGGAUUCAAUUGAAUGGACACAAAACGAUGAUAAUACUUUUCCAUCUUCAUCUCAAUUCAUCUUAAUCUCUCUCUCUCUCUCUCUCUCUCUCUCACUUCCCUUUAACUGACUUACAACAUGUAACUAUCCAUUAUUAUCACUAAUAUCAUCCGAAAAUGAAUCUCAUGUUAACUCAUAAUUGUGAUGGAACAAUCAACCAAUCCAACAAAUAUAGAUAUAAGUAUGUGUCAUUGAAUAAUAACCUUGAUCUCUGAGAUUUGGACUAUCAUCGGCUGAUCAAUUUUUUCGACGAAAUUUGUUUCAAAAACGAAAAUAAGAAAACGAUAAAUGAUUUUAUAUGUAACAAUUUUACAGAAAAAGAAACAAUAAAAAUAUUAUGUAACAUAAAUAAAGAGGAAAAAAAUUGUA